AUGCUACUUGAAGUGCGAGAUGUGGCGGCUCUUGAGUUAUGGGAAGCCGUCGAGGAAGGUCGUAUCGACUGUGUUGAGUCUCUUUUAGCUGCCGGUGUCGACCCAAAUGCACGAUUUGACGACCUAGAGUCUGUUUUCUCGGGAGUCGCCGAGGACUGGGCUAGUGAAGAGAAAAGUGCCAAGCCUCCUUUGUUCAAUCCCGACCAAACUGAACAACCUGCCCUUCACCGGGCCAGCACUUGCGGCUAUCUUAAUAAGCCCAAAGCCACGCAUCUUAUGACUGCCUUGUUCCAGCAUGGCGCAGACCCGUAUGCGCUGUAUCGGCAGCCGCUCCUGAAAUAUCGAUGUGUCGGUCUUUACCCCGGGCAAACAAGAGACGAAGAGGUAGACGAAGAGGUAGACGACGAGGUGUCAAGCCUUGAUCAGAGGGGAUUCGCCCGCAGAGGUAUCAUCGAAAAUGCCCUUCGACUGGAACGCAAACGGCGCCAUCUCGAGCAAGGAGUGUACGAUCCUAAUCUGGACGAAUUUAUAAGAGAUUUUGAAGGCAGUCUUGAUGAUUGUAUUGAGUAUUUGGGUCUUCCAGACAAUUACGGGGGUCGCACACUAUUUCUUGCUGCCUGUCGGAGCAUAGUGGGUCCAGAUGCUGCAACAAGUGGUGUCUAUGGUAAUCUCAGCACAAUAGACUACGAAACUGGAAUCCACGAAAACCCUUACCCUCAACCAGACAGUCCGUGGAGGGGGUUUGAAGCCAAGAACUCGAAGUCUUGUACUGGCCCAACUUUUCUCUCGUUUUUAAUGUCACAUGGAGCCAAUCUACUGGCAGUUGACAAUUAUAGGAAAAACGCCCUUCACCUUCUGUUUACCUAUACCGAUUGCGCUUGGACAAAUUUACCACCACCUAUCGAUACUACACUUGCGCACCUGAUCAAAAGCUGCCCUAGUCUUAUAAAUCAGCCUGACAAGGCUGAGCGACAAAGCCCGGCAUCAGUUUAUCAUUUCGAAACCGCGGUAGAUGCCCUUCUCGCUGCAAAUGCCAAUACUGCUGUUAGAGAUGGGCGUGGAAGCACCGUUCUUCACUACCUCGCUUGUAGUAGACUAGGAGAAAGGGAUCGAAUGGGUGAUGAGCAAAGGCGUUUUCUUCGGGAAUUUUUUAAGGACGGUGUUGACCCCAAAGCACGUAAUACGGAAGGCAUGACAGCCCAGGAGAUCUUCUGCACGGUCAGCCACGAUGGAUUUGGUGAUGAGGACUCUUAUAACCGAUAUUUUGCCAUUGGUCAAGAUGUCAUCGAUCAAUUUGAAAAGGCCGGGUACAACAUCAAGGAGACGAAUGGAAAAGGGCAGACGCUGCUGCAUUUGGCUGCUGGGCUCACCUCGCCUGAGUUCGAAUCUUGGUGCGCGUGGCCCCGGUUUCAACUCCUCCGGUCUAAGGGACUUGAUCCUAUGGCGAAAGAUGGGGAAGGAAAGACUCCAAUCGACAUUGCAGAGGAUAACGACAGUAUCAAUGUUUGGUGGCAGGAGGAACGUGAAUCCAUGGCCGCAUAA